CUCAUUCUUUUUUGGCCUCGUCGACCAAUCAUUCAUGCUGUCCACCAAUCUGAUCUUAACUCCCACUUCUCUUCUUCUCUGCAGUUUCAGACAAUCUGCACCGCCAUUGACCUCCCCGCUUUAUUCUCCAUCGCUCAUAGCUUUUCACAACUGGCCUUCCUUCACAACUCUACCCUUGCUCUCACACAAAACAUCACAAUCAACUUGAUCUCAAAGCCCACACUGUCUUGCUCUGAGACCGCGACAGCGACAUCGUCCACAAUCCCCCCUCGAGCCCUCACAUCCUCCUCCGCGCCUGCCUUGCCCUAUCCUCCCUUGUCCAAAGUAUGAGCCUGGCUUGACCUGCUCAUCGGUUCAUCGGCUCACCGCUCGACUCGAUUUGACUUAAGAUCAACUCAGUGUCUACAACAUCAUACAUCAUCGACGGACAGUGGCUGGCGUCAUGUUACAAACCCAGCAUUUGUAUUCGCAUCAACAGCAGUACAAUCAACAUGAGCCUUCACCCUGGCAGCACUCUGCUCCUCAAUCAAACUUACAGGGGCUGAGUCAUUCAGGUCAACAGCAACAGCAACAGCAAACCCAGGCCCAGGCCCAGGCCCAGGCUGCCGCUGCCGCUGCUGCCGCCGCACAGCAACAGCAUUACAACCGCAUUGCCUUGAACCAGUCUCACAACCAGAAUCCCAAUCGACAAUCAUCCGGAGACAAUGCUCAAUCCAAUUUGGGGUCCUCUAUGAACAAUAUUGGCGAGCAAACUUCACAGUCGGUCAUGGAUCAGCAACUGUCUGAAGAGAAUCGCAAAGUGUUGCAGUGGGUGGCCGAGCUGAUGGACCCAAUGAAAAGAGAGACGGCCCUGAUGGAGUUGAGCAAGAAGCGAGAACAAGUCCCCGAACUGGCGUUGGUUCUGUGGCACAGUUUUGGUGUCAUGACCAGUCUCUUGCAAGAGAUCAUUUCGGUCUACCCACUUCUGAACCCAAGCCAGCUCACAGCUCCAACGAGCAACCGCGUUUGCAAUGCUCUUGCACUCUUACAAUGCGUGGCAAGUCAUAACGAGACUCGAGGCCUUUUCUUGAAUGCUCACAUCCCCUUGUUCUUAUACCCCUUUCUCAACACCACGUCUAAAUCACGUCCGUUUGAGUACCUUCGUUUGACCUCUCUCGGAGUAAUCGGCGCGUUGGUCAAGAACGAACCGUCAUCGGGUGGCGCGAUCAAUCCCAACGGAUCGUCUGCUCACGGGCCAGGCAACAACUCCUCCCCCACCAUCACCUUUCUUCUGACCACGGAAAUCAUUCCCUUGUGUCUGCGAAUCAUGGAGACUGGGAGUGAGCUUUCCAAGACGGUUGCCAUCUUCAUUGUACAAAAGAUUCUACUCGACGACACGGGGCUGGGAUACAUCUGUGCCACGUACGAACGCUUCUAUGCUGUCGGCACCGUCCUCAGCAACAUGGUGAUUGGGUUGGUCGAGACACAAACAGUGCGUCUCCUGAAACACGUGGUUCGAUGCUUUCUCAGGUUGAGCGACAACAAUCGUGCUCGCCAGGCUCUUCGACAGUGCCUGCCAGAACCACUUCGAGACGCCACUUUCUCUAAUGUGCUCCGUGACGACGCAGCGACCAAGCGAUGCCUGGCACAGUUGCUCAUCAACCUGAGCGACACGGUUUCGGAUUCACAAAACGACCAAUUCGCUGACUAGGAGGACGCGAACCCUUGAACCCGACCUCUACGCUCCCGCGCUCGGCACGUGAACGAGGAGGAUAACAGUGAUACCCGACACUAUACUGACGAGAUUUCCCAAAACUCAUGCAUUGCGACGGAGACAGACAUUACGAUCAGGAAUACUGAAUUGAAUUGAGCAAGGAAAGAUUUGGAGUACUUGACUUGGACGAGAUGUGUACAUUCUUUAACGGCCACGACGCCUGCUGUGCUAGGUGACAACCACGUAGCGCUUAUACCCCAAGAACCGAAGAGUCAUGACGGAGGAGGGACUGCGAUUGUGUGAUCAGGCCCUGCACCAGGGGACCAGGUUGCCGGCUUAUCUUUUCAUUUUUGCUUCUCAUCAACAACUCAAAAACAUCACACAUGUAUCAGCAAUUGGGUGGCAGCACGGCGAUGGACGAUGGACAGAAAGGGCGAGAAGCCUUUCAGGCGUGGUUUCACUUGGCAAUGGGAUUUGCCGGGUUUAUUGACUCGGUUUGAAACGUGGGUGAGAGGAUCUUGCACAAUUUGCCCAGGGCUGAGGAUUUGGCGUGGACAGGACAAUGCUUGACGCAGACCAGGUUCACCAAGAGGGUCAUUUUGCAUACCUGAGUCCUCAGGCGAGGAUUCACAAGUCCAAACUUGAGGGACACAGGAGUAGAGGGACAAGCGGAGGUGCGAGUCAAAAGUAGUGUGCCCGCGAGUGAUACGAUAGUACGCGUGCCAUCAUCAUGGCAUGUUACAGAUACGCGGCAAAUGAGGGGCACCGACAGAUAGGACUUUCUCGUGAUUGUACAGUCUACGUAACUAGGUUGAAGCGAAUGAUGUAUUAAAUAGGUGUCUA